AUGUCGAUGAUUCCAAGCUUUUUCAAUGGCCGACAGAGCAGUGUCUUCGAUCCAUUUGCCACGUUCGACCUCUCAGAUCCAUUCGAUUUUCACUUCCCUUCUUCAAUUUCAUCUCACUUUCCCGAAAUCGCUCGAGAAACUUCAGCUAUAGUGAACGCUCGUGUAGAUUGGAAGGAGACGCCGGAGGCUCAUGUUCUGAAAGCCGAUCUGCCUGGACUGAAGAAAGAGGAAGUGAAAGUGGAGAUUGAAGACGGAAAAGUGAUUCAGAUUAGCGGCGAACGAAAUGUAGAAAAAGAGGAUAAGAACGAGAAAUGGCAUCGGAUAGAACGAAGCAGUGGAAAGUUUCAGAGGAGAUUUAGGAUGCCGGAGGAUGCGAAAACGGAGGAAAUUAGGGCAUCAAUGGAAAACGGAGUUCUUACUGUGACGGUCCCGAAGGCGGAAGGAAAGAAAACAGAUGUGAAAUCCGUUGAGAUUUCCGGCUAAACUCCGAGUUAUCAUGUGAAUUUGUAACUAAUGAAUCCAUGUAAACUGUCUUUGUGAAAUCUGUACAAAUUACUUUUGUUUAAUAUGAAUAAAAGAAUCCAUAUUGCUACAAUUUUAACAAAA